AUGGCGGUCCGAGCAACGGUGUCGCGUUUCCCGAUUGAUGCGGAUGCUCAGGAGGCGUCGGGACUCCCCUGGGGACUGACAGUAACACCAUUCGCAGCCAAAGACGAGAACGGCAUCGGACCAGCGUACGGAUCCAACGGCCAUCUUCUCCCUCGGUGCGAGAACUGCUACGCCUACUUCAGCACCUACGGUCAACUCGACCAGUGGGCUUGGAAUUGCGCGCUCUGCGGCACUCUCAAUGGACUCACUUCCGAUGUAAUUGCUCGCUACUCUAAUCCUCACUCGAUCCCUGAGAUGUCUUCCUCCUUCAUUGAUCUCGAGUUGCCUCUGGAGGAAGAAAUGACGCAAGCGCACCCUGUAUAUGUCGCCGCCAUCGAUCUCUCCUCUUCUGAGGAGUUUUUGGAGCUCACUAAAAGUGCAUUACUAGCUGCUCUGGAAGCCUUAAGUCCAGGGUCUCUCUUUGGUCUUGCUACCUUUAGCCACAAAAUAGGACUAUAUGAUGUUCAAGGACCUAUACCAGUUGUAAAGAAUGUGUUUAUUCCCCCUGAUGUGGAGAGCAGCUUAUCAUUAGAACUCGAGGAUGUCAUGCCGUUGCUUCAAUUUUUGGCUCCAGUAGAAACUUGCAAGGAUCGUAUUGCUGCUGCUCUUGAGACACUCAGACCAAUAACUUCUUGGGAGAGGUCAUCUGGAGCAGCUCAAGGGCUGGAUAGUGUGUUGAUGGGUGGUAGAGGCUUUGGCACAGCAUUGGAAGCCCUCUUCAACUAUCUAGGAUCUGAAUUUGGGAAUACAUUCGCAUUAGCUAGGGUGUUUGCUUUCCUAUCUGGUCCUCCUGAUUAUGGACGUGGACAGCUGGAUACAAGUAGGUAUGGCGAACAAUAUGCAAGUAAAAGAGUGGAUGCUGAUCGGGCUCUACUUCCUGAGCAAACACCAUUCUACAAAGACAUAGCCACCAUAGCUGUCCAAUCAGGUGUGUGCGUAGACGUAUUUGCAGUUACAAACGAGUACACAGAUUUAGCAUCUCUGAAGUUCCUUAGCAUUGAAAGUGGUGGCUCGCUGUUUUUGUACUCAAGUACUGAUGAUUCAACUCUUCCCCAAGACAUGUUUCGGAUGCUUAACCGGCCGUAUGCAUUCAAUUGUGUCUUGAGAUUGAGGACGUCGACUGAAUUCAACCCUGGCAACUCUUUUGGUCACUUUUUUCCUGAUCCACAGUAUGAGAACCUUCAACAUAUCAUCUCCUGUGAUUCGUAUGCAACAUAUGCUUAUGACUUCGAUUUUGCAGAUAAUACUGGAUUUUCCAGACAUUCUGGAGAGCAACCUGUGGUGCAAAUUGCAUUCCAGUACACAGUUAUUGUACCUCCCGAGGGAGUGUCGAAUUCAGAUAUGUCAUCUUCAAGCAGAGGCAAACACACACUUCAGAGACGACUAAGGAUCAGAACCAUGCAAUUUGGAACUGCCCUCAACAUCAAUGAAAUUUACGACAGUGUGGAUCAUGAAGUUGUUCUCUCAUUACUCGUUCACAAAGUUAUUGUAGCCUCUCUAGCUGAUGGAGUCCGAGAAGGGAGGGCAUUGCUUCAUGAUUGGCUAGUAAUCCUAACAGCACAAUACAAUGAUGCCUUCAAUCUCGUCCAAUACAAAAAUGGAAAGAAGUCGAUGAGUUCUCAGAUUGACGUCUCGUUUUCACAAUGUCCUCAACUUCAGGCUUUGCCUCGGUUAGUCUUUGCCUUGCUCCGUAAUCCCCUUCUCCGGUUUCAUGAAGAAGGUGUUCAUCCUGAUUACAGAAUCUACUUGCAAUGCCUUUUCAGUGUGUUGGAUCCGGGCUCCCUUCAUUGCGGGAUUUACCCAGCUCUAAUGUCAUACUCAACACCGGAUAAAGAGGCGUAUCCGCGCCAUUCAUUGAGUCGUGCAGCAUUGAUAACAAGUGGUAGUCCGAUAUUUUUCCUAGACGCAUAUACCACUUUGAUUGUCUUCUAUUCAUCAAUAGUAGACCCUUCAGUUCCUUUCCCUCCACCACAAGACUCUUUAUUGAGGAAGACCAUAAAUAAGGUGAAGCAAGAAAGAAGCAUCACACCGAAACUGAUGUUUAUCCGAGCAGGACAAGACGACGCUACUGCCUUUGAGAGCUAUCUUAUAGAAGAACAAGAUGUGGAUGGUAGCGGUUUUGCUAGCACCAUGGGUUUUGUGUCUUUCCUCGAAGAUAUUUCACGGAGCGUCGCUGAAUACAUGAAGUGA